AUGGUUUCACCAAUCAGUUCACAAGUAUUUGGUACGAUCGAACUUCAAGUCGAACUCAUUAACAAGAUCUUCGCUCUUCAAAUGAAACGAAAAGAUGUCAUGCAUAUCCUUCACAGCCAAUGCGCCUCUCAUCACAUUCUUCUUAUCCUCGGCACUGCAUUCCGUGUUUUCGAGAACCUCUUCAGUACAACUCAGAAUUUCCUUGUUGAAAUCAUAGCCAGCUGGAAACUUGUAAUCCUUGGGAUGAAUGCAGUUACGAAGUGGCACAGCUUGAUCAGCCUGCAAUAG